AUGUCGCGCCCCAAGAACUGGAAAGCUGCCGCCCCGACGAACGGGACGACCCACUCGCCUGCCCAGCUCGCCCUCCCGAAGCUGCCCGUCGUCGAUCUCCCAUACACGCUCUCCAAGCUUAAGGAGAGUCUCCGACCUAUUGCGUGGUCGAAAGAUGAGUACGACGCGGCCGCCAGGAAGGUGGACGAGUUUGGUAAGCCCGGAGGAAUUGGCGAGGUCUUGCAAGCUAGGCUCAAAAAACGCUACGAUGAGACGGAGCACUGGCUCGAAGAAUGGUGGGACGACGGCGGGUAUCUUGGGUACAGGGAUCCGGUCGUAGUCUAUGUUUCGUACUACUAUGGAUUCGACGACCAUCCCGCUCAUUUGCCCCAGACACCUGCUGCUCGCGCCGCAGGCAUCGCGCGCGGUGCUAUGAUAUUCAGACAGAAGCUCAAACGCGGUCAGAUCGCUGCUGAGGGUACCAAGGAGGGUCCGUUUUGCAUGGACACGUAUCGUUGGAUGUUUGAUUGUUGUCGUGUCCCUGGUCCCCACGGUCUUGAUUGGAGUGUCACUCAUGCAAAGCCAGGCGACACCGGUGAUUCAGGUCAUAUCGUCGUGUUUCGGAAUAACAGGCCAUGGAAGGUCGACUUGACCGACAAUGGUAGGAUCUUGAGUACAGAGGAAAUUACAAAGCAAAUACAAUACAUCUACGAUAAUGGCAAGGGCGAUUAUCCUGGCGUUGGCAUUCUGACGGCAAACAACCGUGAUGUCUGGGCAAAGGACUACAUAGAACUUACGUCCUCAUCCCAUAAUGCAGACAUAGUAUCCACCAUCCACUCUGCAGCUUUCACUAUCAGUCUCGACAGUGCCACUCCGGCAACUGCUAUCGAACACAGCCGUUUCCUCUGGCACGGACAUCUCACUGGGAAUGGCACCCCAGCUGGUCUACGAAACCGAUGGGUAGACAAGCCGUGUCAAUUCAUAGUAUACGACAACGGUCGCGCUGGCAUCAUGGGCGAGCACUCUGUCAUGGACGGCACUCCCACCGUUCGGCUCUGCGAUGACAUCCUCAACUGGCUCGCUGACCCUACCUUCGACCACGGUACUCCAUCCGGGACAUUCACCCCGAUGCCCAUGGACUGGGAGGUCACCCCCGCCCUCACCAAAGCGCUCACCGCCGCAGAUACCGCCGCCAAAGAACUUAUAGAGAGCCAAGAACUCGGGUUCCACCUCACGGCCUAUGGUAAAGCCGCAAUCAAGAAAUUCGGCGUGUCCCCCGACUCGUGGGCGCAGAUGAUCGUACAACUUGCAUACCGUAGGCUCCUCGGAAAUGAGAAACGGAAGGGUGGAACGUACGAGGCUGCAACGACGCGUAGGUUCCGCAAGGGCCGUACCGAGGCUAUUCGCGUGGUUACGACCGAGUCGGAUGCAUGGGUCGCGAGUAUGGAUGAUCCGAGUGCCACGCAGGAAGUGAGGAAGGCGCUGUUCGAUAAGGCGACAAAGAAGCAUGUACAGCUGGCAAAGGAGGGCGGGCUGGGCCGCGGUGUCGACCGGCAUCUGUUUGGGCUGAAACGACUGCUCCAGGAAGGCGAAGAGGUACCUGAGCUGUUCACUGAUCCGGUCGUGAUGAGGUCGAGUUAUUGGGUACUUAGCACUAGUGCGGUGUUCUCGAAGCAUUUCCCAGUGUAUGGAUGGGGAGAGGUCGUUCCUGAUGGGUUUGGUGUCGCAUAUAUGACCGGAUAUGACGGUAAGUGCUUUUCAGUUAUUAUGUUGGAACUAGCUAAUUUAACGACUCGCCAGAUCGACUUCAAUAUACCAUCACAUCCCGGACAGAGAUGCCCAAUGCCAAGUUCUGUGAGGAGAUUAUCAAAGCUGCCGAUGAUUUGUAUCAGUUGCACGCACCACCGUCUGAGACUCAUUGUAGAUUAUAAUUGCUUGUUGUAUUAG